CGCGAUGGACAGCGACAGCGCGAGCAAGCGUGCGUGCAAGCUGCGCGUGGUCUGUGUUUUCCUGCUCACCCACGUGUUGAGUGUGGUUUGCCUGCCUCUGCGAGUAAUAUAAUUCGUGCAGUGUAUUUGAUCGGGACAAAUCCUCCGCGUGCGCACAGCAUCAGUGAAGCAAUGGAGAAUGAAAACGGCGAACGGGACGCAGCUUUCGAAAACAACUCCGACAGCCGUGAUGUUGAGCAGCUUGUAAAUGCGAAUGGUGCAAGUGACAAACCGGUGAAAAAGGAGUUCAACUCGAUGACCAUCUCCGAACUGGAGGCCGUGGUAAAUGACCCGAACUCCACGGUGUCGAAACGCUACCGAAAACGUGUUCUGCGAAGAAUAGAUUGGCUCAAGCGGAGACCGGACAGAAGGGCUUUGGAGAAAGAGAAAAAAAAACGCAAGCGUGAGGAGUCUAAGGCUAAAAAUGGGGAAGUGGUAGAGCACAAGAAGCCCAAGUUCACCAAGAUGGAGGAAUCCUUGUGCAAGAUUCGGGUGGCCAUUGACCUCUCUUUGGACAGCCACAUGACCGACAAGGAGAAGGUGAAGUGUCGCAAGCAGAUUCAGCGCUGCUACUCACUCAACCGCAGGUCUUCAGCCCCUGUACAGUUCUACCUUACUGGCAUGGCUGGCUCAUUCAAGGACAGUUCCUCCAACAUGCAUGGCUUUGACAGGUGGGAUGUGCAUGCAUCAGAUGAUGACCACAUAAGCUGCUUUGGCAAAGAGAAUGUUGUCUACCUGUCCAGUGAGUCGGAGAAUGAGCUACACAAGCUUGAGGAAGACAAGGCGUACGUCAUUGGGGGUCUUGUUGACCACAACCGCAACAAGGGCUUGUGCCACAGGCUGGCUGCAGAACAGGGUGUGGAACAUGCUCGGCUGCCCAUAGGCAACUGCCUCGUUAUGAAGACACGCCAAGUGCUCACAAUUGACCAGGUGUUUGCUAUCCUGCUUAACAAGACCCAGGGGAUGUCUUGGACAGAUGCUUUGUUGGCAGCCAUCCCUCAGCGAAAGGGUGCUAAGGCAUUGGAUCAGGAAUCCAGUUCGUCUUCACCACACAACAGUGACAAUGACGAGCAGCAGGACUCCUGAGAAAUGUUUUGGUUAGGCUUGUGUGAAUAGUAAAUUUUAGGUUCGAAGCAAAUUUGAAGUGUACAGUGACUUGGUCGAGUAAUUUUGAAUCAAAUUCGAAUAGUAUAUAUCACAUAUUAUAAAGAAAAAUGAGCAUAUUCGUCAUGCCCCAACUAACCUGCACAAUAUUUUUUAAAACUGAAACAAGGCAUGUGCAGAUGUCAUUCUUUUUGGUUCAAAGGGAAGUGGAAGCAACUUUGAAUAGUAGCGGGAUUUGACUUUCAGUAGAAUGCAAGUGAUAACCUGUAAAAUACGUUGCGUUUUACAAUUUACUAUACUUAGAGCAUGUAAGCAGGUAUAACAAGCUUCUAAACGUAAAAAAACAAUGAAUCGACGUGAGGGUAAUAUCAGAGUCCUUCAGUGCUUUACUGGUCACGAAACUCUUCCAUAACGCUAUCGGAAGCGCUCCUAGCACCGCAGCUGCCGCACAGCAGCGCUAGGAGCGCGCGGGGGGCAUUUAGGAGGGCUUCGCUGCAUAAAGAGAGCUGGGGGCCGGAGGAAUCCGGCGGCAUCGGCGUUCAGUUUUCCUUGUUUUUCUAAAUUUGUGCAACUGCCGCCUGUGGGAAAUGUGUGAGGACAUAUGGAUGGUGUACAUGAGCAACGAUGUUGAAGGCUUGCUGUGUACCGGGUUGUCGCUCCGGCUACAGAGGUAUGAGCGGAAAGGUGUAGUUAUUUAGUGUGCCGAGGGACGGCGAUGAGAGAAAUUAAUGGAAAUGUGCAGUACCACGACAGGAAGCUGGUGGAUUUACCUUCGAUUCUGAACACGUUAGAGUGUGCGAGAAACAUUUUGAUGCCACCGACUGCUUAAAUAUCGUUUGUUACUUCACUUGUAACACCGACAUUAUUCGAACGGACGACUUCAUAGUGACUGGAGAAAAUGUGUCUUUGCUACGUGAGAAGGCAAAGUUGUGGGCCGGCGCUGUGUCUUUCGCAGCUUGUUGGUUUUUUAGGUUCUUUUCAGCUUAUUAAGUGUGUUGCAUUAUUUCCUUGUUUGCCGUUGUUAAAGGCAUUUUUUCUUCUAUUUUUAUUGACUGAUGAAUGUCAACUAAGCAAAACUUAAAAAAAUUUUAUAUUGUACAUCAGAGUUCGCUUUGUUUUUUUGCAAUAGCUUGCUCCCUUCAUGUACUUGCCUUGCAGUGAGUUUUCCUAUGUUAGGAAAAUGUCGCUCAUAGCUUUCUGUUUUCUGAGGUAUUUUUCCAAUAAAAGUUAUUCUGUCUUUC